AUGGAAAGAGAAAGUACUGAUAAAACAACGUACUUAAAGAAAGGGCCAUGGACUGCUGAUGAAGAUGAAGUAGUGAUGAAUUAUGUGAACAAGUAUGGUCCAAGAGAUUGGAGCUCCCUUCGAUCCAAAGGACUGUUGCCAAGAACUGGGAAAUCUUGUCGUCUUAGAUGGGUCAACAAACUCAGACCCAACUUGAAGACUGGUUGCAAGUUUUCAGCAGAGGAAGAGAGGGCGGUGAUAGAAUUGCAGGCACAAUUUGGGAACAAGUGGGCGAAAAUUGCAACAUAUUUGCGGGGAAGAACAGAUAAUGAUGUGAAGAAUUUCUGGAGUACAAGGCGGAAAAGGCUGGAGAGGAUUUUGCAAACUCCAUCACCAAACUCACAGAAAAACAAAGGGAAAGAUCUUGUUUUCCAUGAACUGCGAAUUCCAGAGGUAAAAAAUUUGAAAACUUUCAGCCUUGGUUGGUUUCUAGGCUGUUGUUGCCUUCAAAGUUUCAUCAUCUUCUAUUGAAGGAGCCAUCUUUUAACGUUGUUAAGUCUAAUCUUCUUGAAAGAUAAAAGCUUUUUUGAAUUACUAAUUUCUGAGAGCCUGUGAUGG